AAAAGGACUGAGGCUGUUCCCCAUGGCUGGAUCUGGUGUUGGAGACACCAAAGGAGAGUGUGGUCGCCAGAUGUCCUCAAGCCAGAAAGAAGAGGACAACGACAAAAAGAAAAAUCCACUUAAGAUGUUGGAAGCCCUGAGCAAAGAUGUCAUCAAUGAAUUUCUCGAUAGCGUGAUGGAAAAAAAUGUGCUGAAAGUAAAGGAAGAAGACAAGCAAAAAUAUCAUGGUGCCAAAACACAAGACAAGGCCCGGGUUUUGGUAUCCUCUCUCCGAGACAAACAAGAGGAGGCCGUCCGAUUACUUCUGGAAACCUGCCUUCACCUGGAAGGAAAGCCCAGCAAUACAGAAGCAUCUCCGGCAAUCAAGGCUGAACCAGCUGAGUCAGCAGAACCUACAGAUACCCUCAAGCUUUGCCCUUAUGAAGACUUCCUGAGACUGAGUAAAGAACGGGCUGAAGAGAUCUAUCCCAUAAAGGAGAAAAACGAUCGCACUCGCCUGGCUCUCAUCAUAUGCAAUACAGAGUUUGACCAUCUUGCGCCGAGGAAUGGGGCUGACCAUGACAUCGUGGGGAUGAAGGGGCUGCUUGAGGGCCUGGGCUACAGUGUGGAUGUAAAAGAGAAACUCACAGCCAGGGUAAGGGCCCCUCACCCACCCCAGACUCACACAUAUUCAACACACAUCCUUCCACUAACUACUCCAACCAUCCCACGAAACUGGAUAAAAUGUGAUUGGCGUGUGUUUUCACAAUUCUUGUUGAGUUCCAAAAACCCAGUGGCAGCCAGCUCCUCACAGUCACCUGAGAACCCAGUGGCAGCCAGCUCAUCAGAGUCACCUGAGAACCUGGAGGAAGAUGCCGUGCGCAAGGCCCACGUGGAGAAGGACUUCAUUGCUUUCUGCUCCUCCACCCCACAUAAUGUGUCCUGGAGAGACGUCACAAAGGGCUCCCUCUUCAUCACACAGCUCAUCACAUGCUUCCAGAAAUACUCUUGGUGCUGUCACCUACAGGAAGUAUUUCGGAAGGUACAACAAUCAUUUGAAACACCAAGUGUUCAAGCCCAGAUGCCUACCAUUGAACGACUAUCCAUGACAAGAUGCUUCUACCUCUUUCCUGGAAAUUGAAUAUAGAAACUACAGGCAGCCCUGCCCACCUUUAUAAACUUCAGGAAGCACCUUUGCCAGUACAUUGUACAACACAUGCAUUUAACCUUUUAUUUUCUGAUAAGAAAUUUUCUGAUAAGAAGUCUGCCGUUAUUCUUAUCUUUUUCCCUCUGACUACAGGGUGCCUUUUGCUCUGGCUAUUUUAA